UCGUGGAGACUCGAAUUAUCAGUGACACACUUUACUCACACACACACUGACACUCUCGUAGUCUCGUGUUAUUACCUUUUAGAAGAGACGGAAACGGUGACAGCCACGCCAGGGCAGCUAAAGUGACAGCAUUCCCCCAAAAUGAGGGGCAAAUCGUCACCGUCGACGCCGACUCCACUGCAAAUGCUGAGCCCACCCGAAUCAGAAUCAGAUACUACCAAAAGGGAAUUGCAGAUUGCCUCCACGUCACCCUUCAGACUUCCCGAUGAUUGGUUCGUUGAGUUUAAGACCCGUCGCAAUAACACCGCCUCCCCUGGCCGUGUCGACAAGUAUUAUCAUGAGCCUGGGACUGGACGGAUGUUUCGUUCUCUGAUAGCUGUUAAGAGAUAUCUAACAGAAGAGAAUCAAUAUACACCUACACCUACACCUGAGACAGUGAAAGCAGGAAAUGAAAAUACUAUGCAAAUCGUGGUCCGCACCAUCAAGAGCACCUCACACUUUAAGCUGCCUGAUGAUUGGGUCAUUGAAGAAAAGCCCCGUAGCAAUGCCAACUAUGCCGGUAUCAUUGACAAGUAUUAUAUUGAGCCAGGGACUGGGCAGCGGUUUCGUUCUUUAGUAGCAGUUGAGAGGUACCUAACACAAGCAAAUGAAAAUACAGCAACACCCAAGGCAUUGAAACCAGGCAAUCAGACUUCACACUAUAGUGGUUUACGGAAAAAAAAUAUUUCCAGUGAUAUAUAUUCUCUGGAUGUUCUUAGCAAGGACCUAGAAGAUGAAGAAGAUACAGUUAUGUUCAAGGCGUUGAAACUGAGCAAUAGUUCAACACCUUCAAAAAAAACUGCUUCUCGGAAGAAAAAUAAUUCUAGCAAGGGGGUUAGUACUUCUGCCAGCCCACCUGAAAAGAUAAAUUGGGUUCUGUCUGGUCCCGGGGGGCUUAUAUGGAGUGCUUUCAUGGAUGAGUCUAUUGUUCCUGAAUCUGAAAAGCAAAAAUGGUCUGAGACAUUCAUCACAACCCUUCAAGACAGGAACUUUUAAUGCACAGUUUUGAGUAAUGACCAGCAGAGGAGGAAUACAAAAAUAAUGCAUGAUGCAGGAAAGUUGGUUAUCAAGUAUUUGAUCAGCUAGGUCCAGAUUAAUCUUAAGCUUAAAUAUCAGUGUUAAUAUGUGUAGAUAAAAUUUCUAACUAUGCCAACCGUUGUAUAAAUUGGCUGUUUCCUUUGCUGAAGGUAGUGAUAAUGUUUCUGUCCAUCUCAAAGAUAAUCAUAUGCUUGGUGUGACUUCAAACAAAUUCUGAGUAAAGAAAUGUUAAGCAUGCCUGUCCAUGGAUCCAUAGUA